GAAAUAAAAAUGGCCGACAAUAACAUGUCUGCCGAUGGCUACACAGGAACAACGGGUGUUUCUGGGGAUGAUAGCGGAAAUUUGGAUGUCGGGGAGGAUUUCGACCCAACCUCUGCUGAUGUGGAAUGCGUUGAAGAACAGGUCGACCAACUGACUGCCCCAGAUGAGAAUUUCCCAUGUGAUUACAGAGAAUGGUACCAUGGGCGUCUGGAUCGUCAGACAGCGGAGGUGCGUCUCCAGGAGGCCAGUAAAGAGGGGAGCUACCUCAUACGGGAGAGUGACCGCAAGCCUGGUUCCUUCGUCCUCUCCUAUCUUGGCAAGGCCAAUCUGCUGACACAUUUUCGAAUCAUCGCCAUGUGCGGAGACUACUACAUUGGAGGCCGUCAGUUUGAGUCCCUGUCUGAUCUGAUCGGGUACUACACACAGUGGUCAUGGCUCCUGAAGGAGGAACAGCUGCGCUACCCCGUACCCCCACCAGAGCCCGUGGAUGAUCGACGGCGAGUUGUCGCCAUGUUGUCCUACAGGAAGAUCCCGGACACAGAUGAACUCAGUUUUGAGAAAGGCGACACAUUCAUCGUGCAGAAUGAGCUUGAGAAUGGCUGGCUGUGGGUGACGUCAGUGAAAGAUGAGGAGAGUGGUAUCAUCCCUGCCGCACUGGUUGAAGACCUGAAUGGGACAGACGAUCCAGUUGACAGGUGUCCAUACUUCCACUGCAAUAUCACGAAAGAUGAAGCCGUCACAAAACUGGGUCAUGCGGGAGCUGGCAGCUACCUGGUGCGUCCGAGUGACAACUCUCCCGGGGCACUCUCGCUCUUCUUCCUCAGUGAUAUGGUCAGACGCUUUCGUAUUGAAAAGAAGGGCAAGAAGUUGUUUGUAGGAGGGCGCUACUUUGAUAGCCUGGAUGGUAUUAUUGAGCGGUACAGGACAGAGGAGAUAGUGGAAGGGUACAAGCUGAUCAACCCAGUAUAUAGGGAUAAUAUCGACGCAUUUGAUGGUCAUCUGGACAAGCGGUUAACUCUGUCUGAGAGGAACACACUGUAUGCAUCUAUCAUGAGGUCAGGACCAAGUUUGCUGAACAAUCGUGACGACCGCAUUGAGAUGACAGGUUACCUGUACAAGAGAAGUGAGAAGACGAAGAAGUGGAAGUACUUCUACACAAUGUUGAAUGGAACAGAGAAGCAUCUAUUCCUGUUUGAGAAUGAACGACGCUCGAGACCAAAGGACUUGAUAGAACUUCAAUACAGCUGUUUGUAUCCUGUCCAUGACAGCUUCUUUGGAAGACCCUACUGUUUCCAACUGGUGUCCAACUACAACAAUAACCACGUACAGACAUGUUACCUCUGUGCUGACAGCGGGGAUGUCGCACAGAGAUGGAUCCAUGCCCUGAAGCCCUACUGUAAUAACACACCUGUAAAACGGCCAAGGAGCCUGAAGGAGCUGCACAGUCUGUCAAUCAUCAUAUAUGAAGCUCACAAACUUCACAACAAGUAUCUUAACCACCCCUAUGCCGUAGUCAGUCUCAACGAGGUGAAGGUCGGCAGAACAGAGGUCGGCGAGUCAACAAAUCCUGUCUGGGAGCAAGAAAUUGAUCUGGAUGACAUCCCGAAUGAUAUCGAAACAUUUUCUGUGACACUGUAUAACAAGGUGAAGAGGGCAAAAGAAACAAAAGUUGCGGAAGUGCAGAUCCGGCUGUCCCAGCUGGACACGCUGGACCAAGUGGACGACUGGUUCCCCCUCCAACCAGCUUCCCCCAGCAUCAAGGGGGAGAUGGGCAACAUCAGACUGAAGGCGCACUACCUGCACGAGAUCAUCAUGCCUUUAGAGGAGUACACAAGUCUCAAAGAGCUGUUGUUGGGUGAUAACUAUGAAAAUGUUAUAACAUUAUCAAGAGUAUGUGCCAAAAAUGAAUGGUUGGGUCUGUCCAAGUCCUUACUGAGGGUCUUCUGUCAUGAGAAGAAGGAAGCCAGACUGCUGAGGACACUCAAUGAUUUAGAGAUAGACAAGGAAGUUGAAGUGUCCCAGCUGUUCCGAGCGACGUCUCUAGCCACGGCCAUGAUGGACCAGUACAUGAAGAUGACUGCCACCACCUUCGUCCAGAUUGCUGUCAAGGACUUGGUACAGAAGAUAGUUGACAGCAAACAGUCAUGUGAACUUAAUCCAGCAUUUCUAGAAAACCCGUCAGAUGCCAAAUCUAACCAGGAGUAUUUUCUCAGCCUCCUCAACAAUGUCAUAGAAUCCAUCUUCAAGGCAACAGAGUACUGCCCCACGGUGUUGAGGUAUAUCUGUGGCUGCCUUCAGAGGAAAGCCCAGCAGAAGUGGCCUGAUGAUGAAACUGUCAAAACAAGGGCUGUCAGCGGUUUCAUCUUCCUUCGGUUGUUGUGUCCUGCGAUCCUGACCCCAAAGUCUUUCAAUCUUGUCUCAGAAAAUCCGUCAGAAACAGCUGCACGGAACUUAAAGUUGGUUGCCAAGGCAAUACAGAACUUGGCCAACCUUGUGGAGUCCGGCACUAAGGAAUCGUACAUGGAAUCGGUCCAGCCUUUCAUCAAGAAGAACAAAGAGAGAGUGGUUCAGUUCUUGGAAUCACUAUCUAAUAUCCCAGUGGACAACACAAUUCCAGAGUGCCCUGAGGGAGACCCUGCCCGGGAUCUGGCCACCAUCCAUCAGCUGUGUGCUGCCCAUCUUGAAGACCUUCGUGCUCAAAGUGAAGCCCAGCCUGCCUUGAAGAGGUUCGUGGUUGUAACGGAGAAACUGACCAGCAAGAAAGAGUAUAUGUGCGGGUCAUGACGUCAAUCCCCUGCAGCUGACCACAGCGUGUGACAGACUUGAGACCAAACAAGCCAGCGGCCCAUUUCAUAGUCAUGUGACCUGUCUCAAUCAUGUGACCAGCAUUUCUAGAUCAUCCAAUGAUAUAGGAAUCCUCCACAAUACAAGCAUGUUGCCCAAUGUUGAACCACAUCACUUUACAACAUUGGAGUACAGGUCAAACCACAUGAUCAGCCAUUCAAGAUGAAGUGUUUCAUUCAUCCAAUAAGGGAUCAGUUGGUUGAUCACAUGACAACAGACAAGGAGAAAUGGAGUUGGCAAGUUCUGAUUGGCUGGGAAGAAGUGCUAGCAGAUUGUCUGCUGACAGACCAAUGAAUGCCGAAAGGAACAUUGAUGCAUAAUAUCUUCAGGGACAAGUAUUUUCUACUGCAGCAACAAGAAGAGCUGAAUAAUCUAUGUAUGAGUGUAGAUUUCUUCUUCAUCUAAGCAUCAUCAAACGGUGUAUGAUGUCAGAUACGUUUGGUGACCGUGCCCGGGCAGGCCUGAGCAUAGCUGCUGUAUGAAAUCUGCUUCCGUCACCUUUCUCUACUAGCCUCCAGUCAUUCAGAUGUAACACUUCAUUCUAUCUUUAUCCUUUAAGUGCCAAAUUUUUGUAUAAUUUUCUAUAUCAAUUUUCUAAUAAUUCAUAUGUUUGUAGUAAUAUUUCUGCAAUAUGAUCAAGUUGAAAAAAAAUCAAAGAUUUUCCAACAUGACAUGAUAUGUAUUUUUGGAUUGCAUUAUCAAGAUAUCAGGAUAACAGUUUAUCCUCGUUGAUGAUGAGGAAUUGCUUGGAUAACAACAGCAUCUGAAUCAUAAUGAGGGUGUUAUCACGUAUUUGGCAAUAGUCAGUGUCAGAUAAAACGUAUUACAUGCUAUUUAUUUGAUUCAAUAUGUCAUCUAUAUGAUGUAUAGUAGAAUGCAUCAAUCUACUCACCAGUGCAAUGUUGCAUGUAUCGACUUUGCUGUUUACAACGUCACUAGACAUUUCAUUGACCACAAGCUACAAUUUACCAUACUUCAUUGCUAUUCAAAAGUCAUCAUUUUAGUAUUUUAGUACAAGCCUUAGGAGUCAUUACAAUUUUACCUGAGAAAACAAUCAAACACUUGCUUUUAAGGAUUUUAUAUUCAUAUUUUGAUAUCACAAAUAUUUACUUUAGAUAAUUUACAUAUUUUGUUCAUGAUAAUGGGACAAAAUUUUGUAAAGAAAUAUGCACUUUUUGAAAUAUUUAUUCAUGGUGUAAUUAUCCUCUGAAUGUAUCAUGGUUGUGAAGUUUCUGGGAUCGGAGAUCUUUCUGGAGAAAAUUCUUGGCAAACAUUUAGUUUAAGUUUUAGUUCUUUAAGGGAGUACUGAGCUGUGACAUUGUUGUGUAUAACCGAGGCAGCAAGUCCAUCUCUCUGACUUACUCCACUAGGAGGGUUCGAAUCCCAGAUUCGCCCAGAUUAUGUUUCAAGGUUUGUCAGCACCAUACCCUUGUUUGUGGGUUUCACCACCAAAGUGUUUGAUGUCUAAGACCUGCAUCACUUUGAGCUUUCCCUCCACAUCAAGCUGACGCGCCGUGAUACAACUGAAAUACUGUUCAAAGCGGCAACUCACUACAACUUGCCACUGUCUUUGAUGAGUACAAAUAGCAUUGGAACGUGAAUUUGUAUUUUUUAAUGAUGUAUGGUGAAACAUGUCUGCGAAAAUUUGGACAAUACUUUUAUCAAAUGUUCACAUUGACAGAAAUGUUGAAAAUAGUGCUAUUAUAACAGUGCUUAAAGGGUGAUAACUCAUUGGGAAUUUCAGGGUAAAUCGGUAGGAUAAGUAGGUAAUAUAUCGACAUAUACAAUACCCAAAUAGUCAUGAUUAUAAACAUUGUAUGUAUGCAGCCCCUUUGUUGCUGAUGAAACAGUAGCACUACCAGGGCUGGUCACGGACAGAUCCUCAACUCCUCAUCCAGCUCUUUUCAUAACUUGACCUGUAAAUUUACAAAAGUUGGGUCUUAUGAAAAUCCAGGAAAUAUGAUCAGUAAUUUGACACUUAAAUGACCCUCUCCUUCAGUUUGAACUUUUGUAUAGUUAUACUAAAGCCACCUCACAAAGACCGUGGAAAAGGUUACCAAUAGCCAUGCUUGUCACCUUGUGGGGAUUCCUGGGUAAGAAUAGCAACCAAUGCUUGUCAUAAAACCCUACAACUGAGGAUCGGGCGGAUAACCAUUCAAACCAUUAUUUAUCAGACUUGGGUGACAGUGGUUGGUUAUGCAGGCCCACCAGUGAAAACCAACAGAGCAACCACACUAUGGAACAUCUACACACUUUAAAUAGACGUAGCCACAAAUUACAAACAAGACACAAUGCUCAUUAAGUGUACAUCGUAAUGAUUAAAACCAGUCACAUUUUGAAGGGAACCAAACACAGUAAACUACAUGGACCACAACAAACUGAGUGUGUGCACAUAUGGUUUGUUGCAGACUCCAUUGAAAAUGUGGAUGGUUUUAAUCAUUAUGAUGCAAACUUUUGUGGGUAUUGGUUCUUGUUUUUGUUUCUAUUGUAAGUAUGUACAUAUUCCUUGCCGUAAAAGGUGACUAUGCUUGUCGUAAAAGGCGACUAACGGGAUUGGGUGGUCAGGCUUGCUGACUUGGUUGAUGCAUAUUGAUCCCAAUUGUGUGGGUCGAUGCUCAUGAUAUUAAUCACUGGAUUGUCUGGUCCAGACUCGAUUAUUUACAGACUCACUCACUCACUCACUCACUCACUCACUCACUCAUAAAGACCGAGACCGAGACCUGUUCCAGAUAGCGAUCGUAGUCCUAAGACUAACGUAACUCCCAAUAGCUGAGAUUGUGGAAUGGGUACCUGUCCUAAUUAUUCCUAAAUGUUUCCGCCUCUGUCUGUCCUGACCAAGCCCUGGUAGAGGGGCAAGUCAUUGUGUUCACAAAGCUAAGUGCAAUAUGAGGGUGCUUCCUGAGUUCCCUGUGUACCUCAUCAUGACGUGUCUCGCCACCUGCUGUAUCUGGAAGCAGUGUUCCAGUGUUCCAAAUAAGUGUGUAGCUGGUCACUUGGCUAGGUAGCUCCUUCUGUCCCACAGCAAAUGUGCAAGCCAACAAUGGAAACAUUGUGGAAACACAGCCGAAUCUUGCAGUGAAGAAAUUGGAAACAUGGCUACUUUUUUUACCCCACGAUAUCUUUCUUCAUUUAUCGUCAGCUAAAACUAAACAACUAUGACAUAUUUGUAAAAAAAAUUAAUAUUUCCCUUUUCAGUCAUGAUAUAUAGGUGUGUUAAUUUUUUAAUUUUCAAGAAAGGUUUUAUAUAUACACUCGGGCGGAAGAUGUGUCACAGCAACUUAUCAGCUUAUCAAAACUUUCAAGGGACAAUAUGUGUACCUUUUUGGCACUGAUUGUCUUUAUCACUACUUGACAUCAACUCAGGACCAAUCUCUUUGUAAGGGGGGGGGGGGGGCACGGGUGGCACGGUUCACUCCGAUUAUGUUUCUAGGUUUGUCAGCACCAUACCUGUGCUCGUGGGUUUCACCAAAGUGGUAAACGUCAAAGAUCUGCAUCAUUUCGGGCUUUCCUCCCACAUUAAGCUGACACGCGGUCAUAUAACUGGAAUACUGUUAAAAGCGGCGUUAAACCUACAAGUUUAACUUGUGUAUGGUUUUGAUAAGCCUUCUGGACCCUGUCAAAUUUCUACGCACCUGGAGUGCUACAACGACACCUAUUACAAGUUAUACAGUAUGAGAAAAAAUGUCUGACUAGACACUAGGAUGGUCGGCUUGAAGUAGCCCACACAGGAAAUUAGUAGCCGUGGGAAGAUAUGUAGGCAGUUAUUUAGAACACUUGUUGGCAGUGUCGCCCGGCAGCAAGUGUGUGUUUUCAGCUGAUGUCAUGUGGUUAGCUACAGUUAGAAGCACGGGACUUGACUAUGGACAAUUCUAAUCAUGUGAAGUGUCCUAUUUGGACAUGGACCCUUGCUAGGAAAGAUGGAUAGAUAUUGUUAAAAAUCAGGUGCACAUUUCCUGCCAAGGUAAGGGCUUUUUAAUUGAUGUCCUGGAUGCUGUUGUACAAAGCAAUCUUAACGUUAAGGGGAUCGUAACUCCCGUUCCUCAACAUAGACUUACGGCAGUCGUAGCGCUGAGGUUGUUUUGUACAACGACACCCUGUUAGAUACAGAAACAUUGUUUCAAUGUAAUUGGGAUAAUAACUGCAAGGUUGAUAUACCCUACUCAAACAUUUAAAGAACCCCACUUUCUUGUGACCAUAGUUAACCUGAUUGUACAGAUUAACUAUAGUCAAAUAAAAAAUUGGGUAUUCUUUAACUUCUUGUGAGUAGUAUGCGUAAGGAAAUUUGAGCCAAUUAGUGGUGUGUGAAGGACUGCCAAUUGGCUGAACGUAGUUUCUCUUCAACAUGUUUAAAAUAUAUAAGCGUAAAAGGUUCCAUGUGAACUUGUCAAGUCUUAAAGACUUGGAUGGCAAGAUAAUAGUGUCAUAGUUUCAUAUCUAUAAGGUAGAAUCAGCCGGUUCUGAUACUAAUAUUAGAUGAUGUGUCAUUUUGAUUUAUUAUUCCUAACGACAUACAGUCUUCCCAUCAUGUUAUCACGUUUGAUCUAUGAUCAAGUGUUUGAUAGGCACUUAGAUGUUAGAAGGACAUGGAGACUUGUAACUUUUAUAGAUAACUACAUGUACUGUUUGUGAAUUCGUUUCAGGGCUACUCUAUACCCCUUCAUCAGUCGAGAGAGCCUGAAAUGUUCAUACAAACAAUCAAUGAGUACUUUAUGCAGUGUCAUGUCUUCAUGUCUUUGUGAUACACUCAGCUUUACUAGUUCCUUGUAGUUCAGGAUCAAGAAUGUUAAGACAACUGCUAAAUCACCUUGUCAAUGGAAGAGCCAAAUUUUAUUAUGAAUGAAUAUGUAUUUUAAAAAGAUGUAUGGCUCUAAGCCAAAAUAUUAAGAUAUUGUAAUAAUUUUUUUUAUUCAUUGUAUGUGGUUCAUUAUAUUUUGGAAGGAAGUUUUUUUAUGUACAGUGAAGUCUGGUUGUAAUGGAUGUAGGGGAAUCGUACAAGGACAAGGAGAUACCAUGACAUGCAAGAUGAAGGUACUUUUAGGACUUGGGACCAUUGCUAUUUGGGCAGAAGGGGUCGCCGUGUAGGGUACUGAAGAAAUGUACCCCAGGUACCAUUCUGUAUUCAGAAGUACGGAAAUUUAUACUGAACAAAACAAGUCUGGGAUCAUGCAUAUUUUGGAGGACAUUCUUUUGUAGUGGAGACUGAGUACACAAUUUCAUGUAAAUAUCCCCCAAAAUAUUCCAGAUCCCCAACUGUUUUGGUUCAGGAUACAUAACUCUGGAGCAGCUGUGUGAAUCCAGUAAGUAGGUGUGAAUCCCCUUCCAGAAACCUAUGAAUGUGGGUUC